UGUUCGGCAUUUGUGCCUUUGAGGUUUUCGGCCAAUAUACGAAAUUCAUCAAACCUUCGUUUAUCGUCUCUCAAAUUGGUGCUAAACCAUGUAUUUGUAAGCUAAUAUUCUAUAGUUUCCCUAUAUCAUUCCUUUAAACCGGCUGUUCCAGUUGAUGUACUUUUCUCAUUGUCAUCGUAAUUCGAUUAUAGUUUCACCAUUGGUUUUUCUCGGAUUCAUAUGAGGAUAUGAUUCUUCCAUUCAUAUUAUGUAAUCAUCUCCUCUUCUCUUUCCCUUUUCCUAUUGAUUAUUUUAUUUGAGUUGUAAUUUCAUGGUGUUUUCUGCAUUGUCGACUGCCGCUGCUCGCUACCCUUGCUUCAGUGAUUUGAUUUUUCUACGUUGGUAACAAUUUUUUGUUCCAAGUAUGUUAGUUGUUGUUUCGUAAGCAACUUCGAAGGCGAAUGUGAUUUUAAUUUGUUAGAGUUUAGCAAUUCCGUAAAGUUUCUUGCCAAAAGAUGAUGCGUUGCUCAAAAGGAACGAAGAUUGAAGAGGGUCAAAAUGAUUGGAUUAGUCAGCUUCCGGAAUCUGUUCUUGUUGAUAUUCUUUCAUAUUUACCAACAAAGGAUGCUGUAAAGAUGGCAUUGAUUUCAAGAUUCAGGAAUCUUUGGACCUAUAUUCAUUGUCUUUCCUUUGAUGAAUGUGCAUAUCAUGACCACAAUAGAUAUGGUGGUGAAAAUUAUGAUGGUCCUCACUAUGAUGAAAGGUUUCUAAAUCUUAUUCGUCAUGUCUUGAUACUUCAUGAACGUACUACAAUUGAUGAGUUUCAUCUCAAAUUUGCUUUCAAUUUGUUUAAUACUAUUCAUGAUGAUCAAUAUAAUUCUGAUGGGUAUGCAUCUAAAGAGAGGCGAAUGGCAAGUGAGCUUACUACAUGGAUUAAAUUUUCUUUGAGGAAACAAGUUAAGGUUCUUGAUAUUGAUUUAUUAGGAUGUGGUUUGUCAGAGCCAGAAGUAAAUUAUGAGCUGCCUACUAGAAUUUUAACUAAUAACUAUCUAAAGGAGCUUAGUCUGACUGGCUGUGGAAUCGAGGAAAAAGGGUGUAUUCAGUUAAUGUUGCUCUCUAAGCUUUCUCUAAAGAAAAUAAUGUUAAGUGAUAAGAUUAUGGGUGAAAUCCUUAUAGGAUGCCCAAUGCUUGAAGAACUUUCUCUAGAUGGAUGUUGUGGUCUUCAUAAGCUGAAGUUGGCUACUAAUAUCAAGAGGUUGAAGAUUAUUGUUGGAUGGAGAAAUCAGAUGUCAAAUUCAAGGUUGGAGAUUAGCUGUUCUGGUCUCAAAUCAUUAGAAUUUGCUGGAGCAAUACAGCUUGUACAGUUGAAGUAUUCAGCUUCUAUUUUCGACGCCUCCCUUUAUUAUAGCCGCACCUUCAUGUGCGAACGCAGGAUAUAUGAAGAAGUUCAAAUGCUACUGUUGAAACUAGCUGAAGUCAGUGUUUUCAUACCAUGCACAUGGACUACUUUGGUUAUUCUCUCUCUUCUAUGCUUGGAUUUGAUUUAAGCCUUUUGAUUGUAACACUUGGUGUA